GGUGUGGUCUACAACCCACAGAUAGAUAUAGAUCAGAGCUGAAGUGUCAUGUCUGACGAGUCGAGGAUAAGAGAACUCUCUGAACUGAUCAGAAACAAAUGUCUACAGACAAGACAGCAGCAGCAACAGGCGGAGGGACAAGCACCAAACACAGCCAUACAGGUUCAAGGUGCAGAAGUGCUCUCUAGACUAAGAGAAGUUAUCGUUAGGCUACAAGAAGAAAUAAAAGACCCCUCCCCAGCAGGAAUACAGCAAAGGCUCCAAUACACUGCAUCAAAACUAGGUCUCAAUUAUUCAAAUCAGAGAUCAGCUAAUGGUGUAUCGUGUUAUCUUAACACAGAAUCAUUUUACGUUGAGGUCUGUGUCAGCGACAAUGGAACAGUAACAUCUGCUAAUGUGGUACUGGGGCAAGAAACACAAAAGAAUACUGAUAUAUUGGUGAAGCUACUCCAGGAUUGCAAGUACAUUGAAUUUGAGAAGCACAUCAAGUCACUUGUAGAUAUGUUCAGCCAGGCAACAGGGCAGGAUACAGCCGUCCUUUUGCUUAAAGCUGUGUUUGCAAUUGAGAGCAUUUUAUCAAGUAUAGAAAAUCCUAAUUAUUCUAAUCCGAUUGAUUCUAUUCUUCUAAAUCAUCUUGGUAUUGUCACUCCUCGUAAAGCAGGGCUCCCAAUGAAGCUGACUUUCUUUAUCACUCCAUCAGAAGGUAUCAGUGCUGGCUUGAAUCAGGAAUCAUCCAGCUCCAUUAUAGAAGGUGAGCUUGAUGUUGGUAUUUCUGCUAAGGUCCAAGUGGAAAGGAGCAGUACCCAGUUUUAUCGCCUGCCGAUUGAUCCUAAUAUUUUCAAUUCAUCCCAGGGUGCGUUUGCUCAGCUAACGGAGCAGAACAGUGUCUCAGUUCCCCUCACACUCAUCCUCUCAUUAAAUGAAGACAUUCCUAUUUGCACUGGAAUUGCUGAAAAAUUACAACAAACAGUAUACCUUACAACUCAGACUCUACCCUCAUUGAUUGCCCCACAUGUUGAUCAACUAAUAAUAUCUGAAGCAAGCAAGAAAGUAAAGGAUAGCAAUGUUGCUAAAGAACACAUCACAAAUUCAGUACAUACUAUAUAUCUUCCUGGACAAGUGCAUGAAUACGUUGGACUGGGUGUGCAUAAUGAAGUUCCAAAUUUACAAAGAGGAGUAUUGCUACCCAACCGUAGUGUCCCAUUUACUCACCCUGUGCAUGUCAUUAAGAUCAUAUACUUACUAAGACAACAGCUUGUGUACAACACUUUGCUUGUUAGUUGUUUGACACGUAAAAGGAGAGGGACUGUCCCAGCCACAAAAUCACUCGAUGAUUAUUCAUUCCAUGUCUCCACCCAGCCACCUGAAGCAAUCAUCAUGGCGACACAGCUCCUCACAACAAAAGGAGGAGUCAUACCUUUGAAAUUUAAGUUUGUAAUUCCACAAGAGAAGGUUGCACCAACUCAGCCUGUCCUCCACUUACAAGCUGGUAGUGAUGAUCAGUCAAUGGAGCAGUCACCAUCACUGAAUAAAAUAUUAGCAAAGAGUCUGUCUAUACCUGUUACAAUACAUGCUGGGUUUUCAAGACCUGGCGUACUGCCUCCCUCAGUUGCAGCUGCUUUCAAAGACCAUCAAGAUGCAUUGAAAGCGUUCAAUAGUGAGCUUACGUCAUGCGGGAUUGCCUCGGGGGAUUUCAGCAGCCACAUGACUAGUUUGUCUGAGCAACAAUUGACAGGAGUUGCGGCCGGAUUUAAGAGGAAAAGACCUCCAGUUUGACAUGCAAAAUAGUUUGACAUGUAAAAUUAACUGUAUAAAACAACAAUAAUUUUUAAAAUGAGUAUUAAUACUAUAAAAUCUUUUGUUCUACAUGUAUGUUCCACAUUGUGUCCCAUUGUUCUCACUACAGCUUUAUGGGUCCAUGCAUCCCUUUACUU